AUUAGACCAAAGGGACAGCCGGACAGGAGACUGCUCGAUUUUACUUUCGGAUUUACCAGUUACGUUAAUUAGACCAAAGGGACAAGAGACUGCUCGAUUUUACUUCGGAUUUUCAGAUUUGUAGUGAUGACAAUGAAAGGACAGAAAUCAAAAGCUGGCUCUGGGAAAACUGAGAAGCUUGCUAUAAGGAAGCAAAAAGUGAAGAGAGUUAAGGAUCCCAACAAGCCUAAAAGGCCUCCCAGCGCUUUUCUCCUCUUCAUGGAAGUGUUUAGAGAAGAGUACAGAAAACAACACCCAGACAACAAAAGAGUUGGUGUUGUUGGGAGAGCUGCGGGAGAUAAAUGGAGGUCUAUGAGUGAAGAGGAGAAAGCCCCCUACAUAGAUAAAGCAGAGGAAAAGAAGGAGGAUUAUGAAAAACAGAUGACAGCUUAUAAUGAGAAAUCGAAGCAAGAGAACGAUGAACAUUCUGAAUAGGAGGAUGAUAUCCACAUAGGUUAUUUAUAGAUUUUAUGGGACUAUUGUUGUUAUUCUUUUAGUACUCCCCAUAUAUUUUGCUUGAUUUUAGUAGUAAGUCACUAGUAUAUAGCUUCUAUAAUGUUGCUUCUACUAUAGACUGUAGUUGAUAGAUUGGGAUGAAAGUAUAUAUGGUUUCUCUGCUUAACUAUUAGUUUUUGAGUACUCUGUAUUUUCGGUUCAAUUAUUUAUAGUUUUCUACAUGG